UUUCUCUCCCACAACCUGGCAACCCUGACCCGAAGAAGAACACGGAGAAUGACGAGAUCCAGAGCCGAAAAUAGACCAGCCACUUCUCUGUCAACGCUUUGUUAACCCGAUUAUAUCUAAAUAACGUUAUUGAACACCGUAGCACUGAAUUCGCUAAAGUAUGACAGAGCCCCAGUCUGCAUUGUUGCUCAAGAAACAGCUUGCAGAGCUGAACAAAAACCCAGUGGAGGGAUUCUCGGCAGGUUUGAUUGAGGAAAGUGACCUUUACAGAUGGGAAGUCCUCAUAAUUGGUCCCCCAGACACAUUAUACGAGGGAGGUGUUUUCAAAGCUCACCUGACGUUUCCCAAAGACUACCCUCAAAGACCUCCCAAAAUGAAGUUCGUUACAGAUAUUUGGCACCCCAAUGUUGACAAGAAUGGAGAUGUAUGUAUUUCUAUUUUACACGAGCCUGGAGAGGAUAAGUAUGGCUAUGAGAAACCUGAAGAGCGCUGGCUGCCUAUCCACACAGUUGAGACCAUCAUGAUUAGUGUUAUCUCUAUGCUGGCAGACCCAAAUGGUGACUCCCCAGCAAAUGUAGAUGCUGCUAAACAAUGGAGAGAGGACAGAAAUGGUGAAUUCAAAAGAGAAGUUUCCCGUUGUGUACGAAAAAGCCAAGAGACGGCAUUUGAGUGAUAUUUAGCAUGAUUCUAGCUCAAUGUUUUCAGGGUUUCAACUUUUCAAUCGACAUGGCACUGUCUCUAGUUCCAUUUGGGAUCAGGCUUGUCCUCCUAUUUUCAGCAGGACUUGUCUGGCUUUUCCUUGGGCUGCAACUGAACAUACCAGUGACUACCAAGGCUGAAUGAAAGUUGCCAAGAAAGUGCCAACAAAACAGGAAAAAUAAUAAAUACAAUUUUAUUUGAGUUUAUGAACUGCUUCAACCUUCAGGAAGAUAUUGUAAAGACAUGUAAAUAGCACAGACUAAACCGGAUAAUAUAUUCACUUUUUCCAUUCGUUAGGAGUCUUGACCAAAUAAAUAGCACUGGUUUAUUUUUUUCUA